AUGCAGCAAUCGUCGGAAUCACAAACACCCUCAUCAGCUGUAUUAACUUCUCUUCCGACAGCAUCUUCAAAUUCAUUUACUAAGAAGGAAUGGUCUCAACAAGUGAUGAAAAAGACUUUGGUGGGAGUGGGAAUGGCAGCAAGUGUUGGUUUAGUUUUAGGAGUGAUGAGAAAACGAGGUGUUUUAAACAAUUCCCCAUUUUUCAAACAAUGGCAAAUCGGAAUGAAAUUACGAAAGAGUAAGAAUAUUGGCAAUGGCAUUAAUCAAAAUAGUUCUGGCGUGAUACCUAACGCCUCUGUAUCGGAGACAGCUACGAUUGAAAUGGUACCUUCAGUUUUUAGAACUACCAUUGCGUUUGCUGGAAAUAUCGGACUUUCAUGUUAUCUGUACUUUUGUAUUGAAGAAUAUUUAACGUUGAAACAAAUUGUUCCUGAACGAUGUUUGGCACAUUUUGUUACUGCUUGUGGAAUGUACACGACGGCGAGUUUUACGAAGAAAUUGUUGAUGAAGGGUCUGGGACCGAAUGCAGCACUAACCAUACCAUAUUAUUUGGUGAGGUCUUUAACUGGAGGGUUGACUGCUGGAUGUGUAGCACUAUGUGCUUCUCUUAUUGGUUCAUCAAUUUCCUACAAUUUUCAAUUGAAAAAGCUGAAAAGAAACAUUUCAGAAGAAGAAUACUUGUCGUUGGUUGGUGUGACAAAGGAAGAAGCUCAAAAAACACUCACAGACAAACUGAUGGAGCGACUUCCAGUUUGGUUGAAAACGCCUUCUGCUCAAGAUCGAAAUUUGUUGGAUGAGAUGAAGAAAUUUCACUCUCUCAGACAGCUAGAACUUUCCUUAAUGCGAAAGAAACAAGAAGCAGGUGAAGAGCAAAAAUGA